AUAACAGACAUGUCAUUAUAACCCUUACAUGUUUGAUUCGAAAAGAGAUAUACAAAAUGGUGUAUUUACCAGAUGUUUCGGUUUUCGGCGUAUUAAUUGCUAUUUCUGCAUGCCUUUUCGUCUGGCUAUGGAUUAGGUCAAGACGACCUAAGGAUUUUCCUCCGGGACCGACACCUUUGCCUUUAAUUGGAAAUUUAAACCAAUUCUCCGGUGAUCCUAACAUUCUGAACGUUUUCCGCAAACUUCGAAUACAAUACGGAGAUAUGUUCACUAUGUCGAUAGGAACCUUCUGGGUAAUCGUUGUCAAUGGAGCUGACAAUAUUAAGGAUUUAUUACUUUCAAAAGGCGAUUUCUUGUCUGACAGACCGCCUCUUUUCAUCAAUACUUUAAUUGACAAUCCUGGCGUUUCUACAGCAAAUGGAUCAUCAUGGAAACAGCAGCGAAAAUUUGCUCUUUCAAAACUAAGAGACUUUGGAUUUGGAAAACGUAGCUAUGAACCAAAAGUAGUGGAAGAAAUUGAGAUAUUUUUAAAGUACAUAGAAGAUUUUAAUGGAAAACCUUUUGACUUUUUAGAGACAGUAAAUAUUAGUGUUUCUAACAAUGUAAUGUCAAUAGUUGUUGGCCAUAGAUUUGAUUAUAAUGAUCCUAGGUUCAAAUACUUUAUUGGUCUACAGCAAGAAACCUUUAAAGACGCAGCUUUUUCGGGGCCAGUGAAUUUUAUACCUUUACUUGCAAAGAUACCUGGUGAUGCUUUUAGAGUAAAAAAAAUUGCAAAGACCGUGGGUAAAAAUGUCCAAUUAUUUAAAGACGAAGUGCAAGAACACAAAGCAACCUACGACGAAGACGAUAUUCGGGAUUUUUCUGAUGCCUUCCUGAAAGAAAUAGCACUUCAUAAACAUGAAAAAGACACUAUUUUUACAGAGAAUCAGUUAGUAUGGCUCAUAGGGGACUUCUUUGCAGCCGGGACAGAAACAGUAUCAACAGCAAUAAAAUGGGCCGUGAUGUUCUUAUUAAAUAACGUUAAUGUUCAAUGUAAAAUGAGAAAAGAGAUUGAACAGGUAGUUGGAAAUAGUCGAUUACCGCAACUCUCUGACAAAAAGGACAUGCCGUAUUGUGAUGCUGUUGUUCAUGAGGUUUUAAGAUUAGGAAACAUUGUUCCGUUCGGUUCACCUUAUUAUGCAAAGGAUGAUUUUUCAUUUAAAGAUUACAGAUUUCCAAAAAAAUCUAUAAUUAUGGCAAGUCUUGACUCGAUUUUGAUAAACGAAGACGAUUUUCAAAACUGCAACGAAUUUUUACCAGAACGUUUCAUCGAUGCUAAAGGACGAUUGGUUGGAGUAGAAAAGGUCAUUGCUUUCUCCUUGGGACAGAGGAAAUGCCUUGGUGAGUCCCUAGCUAGGAUGGAACUCUUUCUCUAUUUAACAGGCCUUGUUCAAAGAUUUGAUCUGCUUCCCCCAGUUGGAGAGAAUCCACCUGUGAUCGAAGGAUUGGUCGGAAUUCUUCACAGUCCUGUAUCGUAUACGCUCAGGGCAGUCGCUAGAAACACGUGAUCAAUCAUUUGUGAUAGAAUUGAAUGAAAUGGUUUUACUUUAAACAUGUAAUAAUUGAUUUUUGUUCCUUUACAUUCAUUCAAUUCCAUAGAAACUUUUCUUUAAUACGACAUUAAAGAAUUUGUAAUCAAGAGGUAUAAAAGUGUCGAUUUUUUGUUUAUGAAUCUUAUUGUUAAAUUGGUAUGUGUUAAGAGUUUCCAAACCGAGUCUUAUUUGAGCACCAACCCUAACGUUUUUGUGAGGAUUUCUACACAACGAAUUCACGUCAUUUGUUGUAACUGCUGAUUUAUUUCAUCACCAUACGAGACAUAAUUGAUCAAAUACACAUUAAAUAACGUCACUUAAUGUAUUGAAAAAUUUGAAAUUGCGGACGUUCCGGUACAGCGGUAUAUAUCAUACCAGAAUUUUACACAUUGAAAACACGAUAUUAUCCGGAUCAAACAUUAAACAUUUGGUCACACAAAAAUUACCUGAGCCUCAAGAGAAGAGUCCAAACCGUCUUCUGUCAAAUUUUCCUGACGCAAUCGCAAUA